AUGCCGAAAGUUCAAAAGGCUAACCUCGGAUCUAUGAAUAAAGUUGAACAAGGUCCCUUGCUUAACGAAAAGAAAAGCAACAAGUUAUCAAGGAAGAAUUUCUUAACACAAAACUUGGAACAACGUGCCUAUCGAAAUAAGGCUGAUAAUGAAGCGAUGUUACAAUAG